AUGGCGGACGUCAAGUGGAAUCUGAAGGCGGUGGAUGUUAAGCGCGAAGCCAAUGUGCCUUCGGAUAUUCAAAUUUCACGGAAUCAGAAGCCUCGUCCGAUUGCUGAAGUAAGCAUUUUUUUAUUUUUAAUUUAUAAGUUCUAAUUCUUUUUUUUUGACAAAAAAGUUUCAGUACAAUGUUCAAUAUAUUUUUUAGUUGGCCAGAGAUAUUGGAAUCAAGGAUGAAGAACUAGAAGCUUAUGGUGACAAGAAAGCCAAAGUGUCACUAAAUCUACUCAAAAGACUGGACAAGUCUGAAAAUGGCAAGUAUGUUCUAGUAGUUGGUAUGACACCAACACCGUUGGGAGAAGGAAAGAGUACCACCACUAUUGGUCUAGCCCAGUCCCUGUUCUCCCAACAUAGCAACCCCAGUUUCGCUUGUGUACGACAGCCAAGUCAAGGACCAACAUUUGGCAUCAAAGGUGGUGCAGCAGGUGGAGGAUACUCUCAAGUCAUUCCAAUGGAAGAGUUCAACCUUCAUUUGACCGGAGAUAUUCAUGCCAUUACUGCCGCUAACAACUUGUUGGCCGCUGCCAUUGAUGCUCGUAUCUUCCACGAAGCGACACAGGCUGACGAUGCUUUGUUCAACCGGUUGGUACCAAAGAACAAGGAAGGAAAGCGUCUGUUGACUGACAUUCAGAAGCGACGACUACAACGAUUGAAGAUUGAGGUGCCAGAAGACGCGGAGAAGUUGUCGCCAGAAGACAGAAAACGAUUUGCAAGACUUGACAUUGAUCCAGAUACUAUAACUUGGUCGAGAGUCAUUGACACAAGCGACAGAUUCUUGAGAAAGAUUGAAGUUGGUCACGGUCCAACAGAAAAGGGUCACGUUAGGAAGACAGACUUCAGAAUAUCGGUUGGUAGUGAGGUAAGUGUUAUUUGUUUUUGCGUUUUUAGAUUUUUGAAGUUAUCAUAUAUGGUUUAAACAUUGAAACAUCUAACGUUAACAUACUUUACACUACUAAAGUUUUCUGUUUGUAAUUUGUUACUUUUUUCAGCUAAUGGCAAUCUUGGCUUUGAGUUUGAGUUUGGCUGAUAUGAGAGAAAGAAUUGGAAAGAUCGUCGUAGCCACAGACAAGUUUGGUCAACCAGUAACGGCUGACGAUUUUGGUGUUACUGGUGCUAUGACAGUGCUCAUGAAGGAUACUAUCAAACCAACUUUGAUGCAAACAAUUGAAGGAACGCCAGUCUUUGUUCACGCUGGUCCUUUCGCCAAUAUUGCGCAUGGUGCCAGUUCGGUCAUCGCUGACAAACUGGCUUUGAAAUUAGUCGGAAAAGACGGAUACGUGGUGACAGAAGCCGGCUUCGGAUUUGAUAUUGGAGGUGAAAAGUUUUUGGACAUCAAAGCCAGAAGUUCUGGAUUGAUUCCUGACGUUGUGGUUAUUGUAGCUACAGUAAGAGCCUUGAAGAUGCACGGUGGAGGCCCUCCAGUAGGACCUGGCAACUUGCCUGCUGAAUACCGUACACCCAACUUGGAUUUGUUGGAAAAGGGCUGCGAUUCUAAUUUGAAGAAACAGGUAAUUUUGUUUUUUUUUCAUUUUUUAUUGAUUCUAAGAGCAUCUGUAGUAAACUUGCAUGUUUUUUACUUUUAAAAAGAAAUUAUUAUCAAAAAUAAAAAAAAAUAUUUUAGAUUGAAAACAUUAAAAAGUUUGGUCUACCAGUAAUCGUAUGUAUAAAUCAAUUCAGCACCGACUCUCAAAAAGAACUGAAUCUAGUCAAAGAGAAGGCCAGCAGCUUUGGAGCUGUUGGAGUUGUCUCAAAUCAUUGGGCCAAAGGUGGAGAAGGAGCCAAAGACUUGGCACAAGCAGUGAAAGAUUCGGCUAGCCAAAAGAAUGACUUUAAAUUUCUAUACGACUUGAACAAGUCGAUAAAGGAGAAGAUUGAGACUAUUGCUACAGAAAUCUACGGAGCCAAAGAUGUUGAGUACUCUGAGAGCGCGGAGAAGUCGAUUAAACGGUACACAGAGCAAGGUUUUGGCAAUCUGCCGUUGUGUAUGGCCAAAACACAGUUGUCUUUGUCGCAUGAUCCUAGCAAAAAAGGAGCACCGACUGGUAGGUUUUGAAGAAUUGUGUUUUAGUCAAAACUUUUCAAAAAAACUGUUUUAUUUUGCUUAAAAAAUAUUGUUUUUAAACUUUUAAAAACUCAAUUUAUCUUCAGAACGUUUUGUAAAUUUCACAAUUUCAAAAAACUUCGCAAAAUUCAAAAUGUAAUGUCGUAUCCGAUUAUCAAAAACGGCCUUUUCAUUCUAUUUUAAGCCAGUGCACUUUUAAACUUUGCAGCCGGAGGGAAAAUUCUCUGUUUAUGAAACUAAUGUAUGCCAGACAAGAAAUUAAUGUCAUAAAAUUUAAUCUCUCUUUACCACCUAAUCUUUGAUGCACGGCUUCUAAUUACGUUAACAUCUGUUUUUCAAUUACAUACCAAUGAAAAAACUCCGCAGUAAACAAUUGUACUUUGCAUGCAAAGUUUUUAUACGGAAUUCUGAAGACCACCGUCUUUUGUGUAGCACAAAACUCAUUUCCUAUAAAAAUAACACUAGACUAUUUACUGGAUUGUUAAAAUAGCACUAAUUUGUUUUCAUAAUAUACGUAUAUGUAAAUGUACAACAUCACUUCUCAGCCACAGUAGCUUUGAAGGCCAGUUACUGCAAAAAUAGCAAUAGACACAUGAAUAAACUAUUGAUAAUGUUAAAUACAUUUAGGUUUCACUCUACCCAUCAGUGAAGUCAGCAUCUCUGUCGGAGCCGGCUUCAUUUUCCCAUUGUGCGGUGAAAUCAUGACCAUGCCCGGCCUGAACACUCGGCCUUGCUUCUACGACAUCGAUAUCGACCCAGUGACGGAGGUUAUCGACGGAUUAUUCUAG